AAGCAGCCGAGUCGCUGGGCCGGUGGAGUGUCUAUGACCGUCAUGUUUUUCCUUCGGUCAGGGUUCUAUGGCUCAAUUGCCUGUCUCGCCUUGCAGGUUUCGGCCGCGGGGAAUGACCGGCCAAGUACCAGGGCUGGGUACGGUUAUGGCCAGCCUAUGCCAGUGACCUGUCUAAACCGGACAAUUGACUCCGGCGAACAUAUCACCGAUGAUCUUGGCAAGCUCCAAUACAUUCCCUUCCCCGUCUGCAAUGAGACCUCCCUCCCUCUUGCGCUGCGCUACGGCGUCCCCGAGACGGUCAAUUGCACCGUCAACUCCCUCCCCGAUGAACUCUACCACCUCCUCGAAUACUACGUGCACUCCGACGUGCCCAUGACCUGUCGCAUCCCCACGGGCCCCCUCUCACCCGCCGCAGCCUCCUACGCCAGCACCGAAGACGGUGAGACCGUCGGCACCGAACUGGGCUCCCUGGCCGAGGACGGGCCCGCCUAUACGCCCAUCACGUUCGCGCUCCAGGGCACCCUGCAGCGCAGCCACCUCCACAUCUGGACGGACAUGAACGUGCUUCUGCAUAACAUCGCGUCGACAGACAGACCGAAGAAUAAGAAGAAGAAGAAGGCCGCGCAGCAGAGUCCUGGGUACGCCGUCGCCGGAACGGCAUACUCGGUUCCCGAGUUCGACGUGGCGCUGCUGAAAGGCGAGAAGACCACCGACGACGACAGCAGCGACGACGAUCAGACCCAGGCGGCGGCUGUGGCGGAGAAUGCUCGCGAGCCCUGGACGGCGGGCCACGGCACCAAGGUUAUUCGCGGCGAGCCGCUCACCUUCACGUUCCAUGUGAACUGGAUCGAAGGCGGCGCGGGCAUCGGGUGGCCGUCUCGAGGUACGGCCUCAUCGGCAGGCGAGUCCGGUGCGUCGGGAUUCUUCUCGAAGUUGUUCUUCUUCGUGUUGGCUGCGUCGGUGGGCGCGCUGGUGGCGCUGUAUUGGGAGCGCAACGGAGCUCGGAGACGAGCUGGGUGGCGAGGAGAUGGCAUCCUGGGCGUCCCCUCGCGAGGAAAGGGGUCCAUCGGGAUCACUUACGGCAACGGGGGCAAGAUGAAUGGAUAUGGAGGGUACGCCUCCGCUAGUAGCUCGUCCACGUCUGGGGGUGGAGGCUACGGAGGGUUCAUGGCCGGGAAAAGGGAUUAAGAAAUGACGAUCGGGGACGGCUUGGCUAUUGUUGGACUUGUAUAUGGCAUGGCAUGUAUAAAGCACGAUUUUUCUUAACUCUCUGGUUGGACUGCAGGUAUAUGAAAGGUAUGGAUAGAUGCUCAGAUUUUGCUAUUUUUUUUCUCAUCUAGCCAAACAUGAUGAUUUAACU